CCCCUACCCACUACUUUCUAUACUUAACUUUCUUGCUGUUUUGCUAACCCCUACCCUUCAAUAAAACCCCUUGUCUCUGCCCUCUUUCUCACAUCUCACUCUCUUUAUCAAAACCCUUUCUGUUGAAAUCUCUCCUCUAUCUACUGUUCAAUCAUGUCUGCUUACACGGGCAAAUACGCCGAUGAGCUCAUCCGCAAUGCUGCCUACAUUGGCACCCCUGGGAAGGGUAUUCUUGCAGCUGAUGAAUCUACUGGAACUAUUGGCAAGCGCCUUGCCAGCAUAAAUGUUGAGAAUGUUGAGGAGAACAGGCGUGAUCUUCGUGAGCUCCUCUUCACAACUCCUGGAGCCCUCCAAUACCUCAGUGGAGUGAUUCUCUUUGAGGAAACCCUCUACCAGAAGAGUAAAUCAGGUAAACCUUUUGUUGAUAUUUUGAAGGAGGGUGGUGUCCUCCCUGGUAUUAAGGUCGACAAGGGUACUGUUGAGCUUGCCGGCACCAAUGGUGAGACUACCACCCAGGGUCUUGAUGGCCUUGCCCAACGAUGCCAGAAGUACUACGAAGCUGGUGCCCGAUUUGCCAAAUGGCGUGCUGUGCUUAAGAUUGGCCCUAAUGAACCAUCUCAGCUUUCCAUUAAUGAGAAUGCGAAUGGGUUGGCUAGGUAUGCCAUCAUCUGCCAGGAGAAUGGCUUGGUACCAAUUGUGGAGCCUGAGAUUUUGGUUGAUGGACCUCAUGACAUUAAGAAGUGCGCUGAUGUAACUGAGCGGGUUCUUGCUGCUUGCUACAAGGCUCUCAAUGACCACCAUGUUUUGCUUGAGGGAACUCUUUUGAAACCCAACAUGGUGACUCCAGGAUCAGAAUCCGCCAAGGUUGCACCAGAGGUGAUUGCUGAGUACACGGUCCGUGCCCUCCAAUGCACUGUGCCUGCCGCUGUUCCUGCUGUUGUGUUCUUGUCUGGUGGGCAGAGUGAGGAGGAAGCUACCGUCAACCUGAAUGCGAUGAACAAGCUCAAGACCAAGAAGCCAUGGUCCCUUUCCUUCUCAUUUGGACGUGCACUUCAACAAAGUACCCUCAAGGCUUGGGCAGGUAAGCCAGAGAAUGUGCAGAAGGCUCAAGCUGCAUUCCUGGUCAGGGCUAAGGCCAACUCAGAGGCAACUCUUGGAACUUACCAGGGUAAUGCUACUCUUGGUGAGGGUGCCUCAGAGAGUCUCCAUGUCAAGGACUACAAAUACUAAAGAGGUCUUAAGUUUCCGUUUUAAAUUUCAGAGGAGUAUAAUAGAUUGUCUUUUGUCUCAGGCAUAGUUUUAGGACCUGUCUUUUUGUUAUAUUUGCUUUAUGAGGUUUUUAGCAUAUCCAUGGAAGGUAAUCAAAAUAAGAAAAACAUGAGGAAUAUCUGCUUGUUGUUGAGUUUGGACGGUUUUGUUCAGUUGACUUGGAAGUGUUUUAUCUUUUAUAUUUCUACAAUUUAAUGAAUUCAAAUGCUCCUUCAUCUGGUGUAAA